UAUUUUAUAAUAAAACUCAGUAGAAUGUGGAGAUGUAUUUCGUAUUUAGGCUUUGCAAUGUACGAAUUAUAAAUGUACUUAUAUUGUAGUUAUUAAAAUUAAAUAGCAGGUCCAUUGUUUUUUUAAAUAUAUUUCUUCAGACAGUUUUAUUGUUAUUUGUGACUUUAAACGCAUACCCAUUUAUUUACGUCCGUCAAAUAUUGCAAUAAAAUAAAUACAAACUGCCGAUAAAGAUGUGGUUCCCAGUAAUUAUAGUAUCGACAUGUAUACUGGCACUGCAAGAAGUGACUGCAGCGGCAUUGGCGUCUGAUCCGGCCGUGCUUCUGUUACAAGAAUAUGUUCAAAUUAACACUACCUCGAAUAACAACCUCACCCCAGCAGUAGCGUUUUGGAAGAAGUUGGCAGAUGCAGAAGGCUUGCCUUUUAACGUUGUUGAGUUGAACCAAGGCUACCCGAUAGUCGUGAUCAAAUGGGCUGGAAGCAACUCUUCAAUUUCCAGCAUCAUGCUCAACUCACAUAUGGAUGUGGUACCCGCGAAACAAGAAGAUGGAUGGAAAUUCCCACCAUUUUCUGCUCACAUAGAGAACGGAGUUAUGUACGGACGUGGAACUCAGGACAUGAAAUCAGUAUCAAUUCAGUACUACGAAGCAUUACGUCGCCUAAAAGCAAACGGAGUUACGUUACUAAGAGACGUGUACAUGACCUUGAUGCCAGAUGAAGAAUUGGGCGCUGAGAAGGGUAUGAUUCCAUUCCUCCAAUCUGAGGAGUUUGCGAAGUUAAAUGUUGGAGUUGAACUUGACGAAGGAACUUCGUAUGAUAUACCUUCCAUUCCCUUAUUUUAUCAAGACAAAGUUGUGUGGCAAAUUGAAGUGACUUGUCACGGCGUUGCUGCUCACGGUUCUACCUUCCCUCCGAACAGCGCGACAGCUACUGGCAAGUGCGCCAAUGUAAUUAAUCGGUUUUUAAAAUUCAGAGAUGAAGAAUAUGCAAAAUAUACCAAAGCGGGAAUAACCGACGCGGGACCGUAUACUUCAGUCAACUUGAACAGGAUUAAUGGUGGUGUGGCUAAUAACGUAAUUCCUGCCAGCGUCAGCCUCACCUUCGAUAUUCGUUUGGGUACUUCUGUUAAUGAGGAAGAAUUUGAAGCUCGGAUCAAUAAAUGGAUCGCUAAAGCGGGAGAUAACAUUACGCUGACUUAUAUUAACAAGAAUCAUCAGUCUCCAGCAACAGUUAUCAGUGAUUCCAAUCCUUUCUGGAAAGCUUUUUCAUCGGCAGCGGCUAAAAUAAAUUUGCCGAUCAUGCCAAUGGUGCCGCCGGGUUCAACAGACGCACGUCACGUUCGCCGAGCUGGGUAUCCUGCUUUUGGGUUCUCUCCUAUGCCUAACACUCCCUUUUUACUGCACUCUGUCAACGAAAGAUUAGAUAUAGAAGUAUUUUUGAAAGGCAUCCCUAUCUACCAGAGCAUCAUUGAGAGCCUUGCGUCGAUUCCUGCAGCCGAUGUUGCUGACAACCUAAGCAGUUAUCUGAUUUACACAGCCGAUUAAAAACGUAUUAUUUUGAUGAUAGUAAAUAUCAAUAAAAAAUCCCAGUCGCUAAUUUCAAAUUGUUCAUGAAUGAUAUAAAUAAACCAAUCAAAAUAAAUCAACCAUAUGUCAAAAUGAUUUUUCUGAUUAGUUCCAUUUCACAUGGAUUCGAGUACAGCGGCAGAGAUAUUUUUUUUUUAAAUCAACUGUUAAUCCUAUAAAUCAUAAACUAAGCCUUGAUUAACCAUUGAAUUUAACAUUUCCCAUAUUCACAGCCACUUAUAUUGUUGAAAUUUACAACGAAGUAAAAGUACAAAAACAAUUGUGAAAUGGCUUAAAUACACUGUCAAAUGAGCUGUAAUAUUGUGCCUUUUUCAAAACUUGUGAAUAAAUGAUUCAUAAACAUAAAUAAAUGGUCAUCAGUCAGACUGUUCUCUGUGCUCUAAAAUAAAUGGGAAUUAAAUGAGUACCAUCUAUGUACUACAUUAGCUGUUUAAUACUAUAACUCAAAUAAAUUUUACUUGAAACUUGUCAGAACCUUAAUAUUGUAACGAUUAAUGCCAUUGUAUUAUUAAUCAUUAAUAAUUAGUAAUGCAAUUUUUACAUUGAGAAUGGAAUAUUAUUAAAAUAAAAUAAUUGUUACCAAACUUAAUUUUAUUCACGACUUUUUAAUUGUUUAGUUUAUGUGUUAUAUUGUGCAGUUAUUCUCUAAUGUUAUAUAUUAUUGUUAUUUUAUGCUAUAUGUGUUAUAUUACAUAUGUUAAUACUUUACAUCGAA